UCGCCUGAAAGGGGGUCCGCUAUUAUCAACAAGAGCCCGGCGGUAGAGACGAACCGGAGGAGGCCGCCUUCAUCCGGCCAUGUCCUCCACAGAUUCCUGACCGAGACCGGUGACUAUAUCCCGCUCGGUCGCAUCUUCGGACGGACCUGGAAACACCGCCAGCCCCCCCACUUCAGAGCCGGACGUCCAGGGAUGCGCUGACGUUAGCCUGCUAGCUUGGCGUUAUCUGCUUUUCGACGGGACCGAGCGAACCGACACAGUGCAUGAUGAGUGACAGCAUCAUGAGCAAAGCUGCCACCAUGGAGAUCCCCAUCAACAGCAACGGAGACACCGGGAAUCUACCGGAGGACGACAGCCUGGAACAGGCCGCAAAGCUUCAGUGGAGUUUAGAUGAGAAGGUAGGGAUCUCCAGAGGCACCAGGGAUCUGCAGCAGGUGAUGGUGUCAGGCCCUAACCUCAAUGAGACCAGCAUCGUGUCAGGUGGUUAUGGCGGAACGGCAGAGGGCAUCAUUCCCACCAGCUCCAUCAAAGGGUCCAGCAUGCAUCACAGCAGCAGCAGCAGCUCGUCGAUGAUGUCGGAAGAAGCCAGCCGAGGCGUGGCCGUGGAAAAGCUAGAAUUCAUGAAGAAAUGGGGUCUUAACACCUACAAGUGUACAAAGCAGAUGAUCUCGGAGCGCUUUGGCCGGGGCUCUCGGACCGUGGACCUGGAGCUGGAGGCCCAGAUUGAGGUGCUGAGGGACACCAAGAGGAAAUACGAGAACGUCCUGCGGCUUGCCAGAGCGCUGACUAACCACUUCUACAGCAUGGUGCAGACGCAGCACGCACUGGGUGACACCUUCGCUGAUCUCAGCCAGAAAUCUCCAGAACUACGGGAUGAAUUUGGUUACAAUGCAGAGACACAGAAGUUGCUGUGUAAGAAUGGUGAGACUCUACUUGGUGCCAUCAACUUCUUUGUGUCCAGUAUCAACACACUUGUCAACAAAACCAUGGAAGAUACCCUGAUGACCAUCAAGAUGUAUGAGAGCGCAAGACUUGAGUUCGACGCCUACCGGGCAGACCUUGAGGAGCUGAGUCUGGGUCCGAGGGAUGCGGUGGCCAUGGCUCGUAUGGAGACUGCUCAGCAACAGUACCAGGUCCACAAGGACAAGUACGAACGCCUGCGCUCAGAUGUUAUCAUCAAACUCAAGUUCCUGGAGGAGAACAAGGUUAAAGUGAUGCACAAGCAGCUCCUUCUCUUCCAUAAUGCCAUCUCUGCAUACUUUGCCGGGAACCAGCAGCAACUGGAGCAGACGCUGCAGCAGUUCAACAUCAAGCUGAAGCCCCCUGGUGCCGACAAGCCCUCCUGGUUAGAAGAGCAGUGAGAGGACACCUGGGAAGCCCCGUCUCCUCCUCCUCUUCCUCCACAUUGUUUACCUGCUAGAAUACACCCCCACCUCGCAGAGGACCACCACAAGGAGACCCAUGAGGACUAAUGGGUGGCUGCAGAUAUGGAUGCUAGAGCGUAUGGACGGAUGAUUGGACGGAUUUAUCAAUGAGCAGGAUAGAAGCAGCCGGAACCCUAUCAGCCAGUGUCAUGGAUGGUCAAUGAUCAGCGGGCUUCUAGUGCCUCUUUCUCCCCCCCCCCCUCUCUCUUUGUGUCUCCAUCUGGCUUCCUCUUAUCCUUUUCAGUAGCUGUGUUCGGCUUUGUCUCUCUUUCGGUCUCGCACACAACAAAUUGUUUGACUCGAUCCUUCUGUCUCCCUCAGCACCGUCUUUUUUUGUUCUGUAGGUUUGUGUUCAGACACUUUGGCAUCAUAUUUGCUGCACCCCUCAGGUGCUCCCUCAAGUGUGCGGGGGGUUAAUUUCUCCCCCACCCAUUCGAGUCGGUGCGGAUAGAGACAAGGAGACGGACUUAGCCCGCCGACGCAUCAGGACUCUUCCAGACCUUUACGUUCUCCCGGUGUGCCUCCUCGUAUGUUGUGUUGUAUUUAAUGGACCGAUGGCAUGGAGGAAGUGAGGUUAGAUUUAAAACAGAAGGUUUGUGUUGUUGUUUUUUUUUUACGGUACUCUGGAAGUAGAAUGUCCAUAUAUUUCAAAUCAAUGUACAUUUCAGAUUAUGUACCGGUUGUCUCUGAAGGAAAUAUUAUACGAUUGUUUGUAGCUCGGGACACACGAUGCUGUGUUCAGCCUAGUUUCUGUUUCAUUUGAAUGUCAUCUUUAUAUAUAUAUAUAUACAUAUAUAUAUAUAUGCUAAGGUAAUCAAAUCAGUUGUUGUUGAGUGUCGGGUAAGGACAGAGGACAACGCAGUCCUUAUUUAAACCUAUAACCUGAGAACCCCUAUGGCUUCAAAUGGUAUAUGCAAUGACCGUUUAUAAAACACUGCCGCAGCUUCCCAAAACUACACUGGUUUUGGUCUCCUUUUUUAAACGUUUUCCCCCUUUUAGUCUGUGCCAGAGACCUAAGAAACCUGUCUUGUCCCCCCCCUUUUUUUUUCCCCUCCCCAAUUGUACCCGGCCAAUUACACCACUCCUCCGAGCCGUCCUGGUCGCUGCUCCACCCCUUCUGCCGAUCCGGGGAGGGCUGCGGACUACCACAUGCCUCCUCAGAUACAUGUGGAGUCACCAGCUGCUUCGUUUCACCUGACAGUGAGGAGUUUCACCAGGGGGACGUAGCGCGUGGGAGGAUCACCCUAUCCCCCCCCCCCCGAACAGAUGCCCCCAACCGACCAGAGGAGGCGCUAGUGCAGCGAUCAGGGCAUAUACCCACAUCCGGCUUCCCACCCGCAGACAUGGCCAGUUGUGUCUGUAGGGACGCCCGACCAAGCCGGAGGUAACGCGAGGAUUCGAACCGGCGAUCCUCGUGCUGGUAGGCAACGGAAUAGACCGCCACGUCACCCGGACGCCACCUGUCUUGUUUCUAAGGUGACUUGAGUGACAGUGUGUGUAGCCCCGAGUCCACUCCCCUUAAGAUUAAUGUCUCUGAGGACGAAGAACUCAGAGGAACCGCCAGCUGACCCGAGAAAGAUGAACCAGUCAGCCGGCCAUGCUCCACAAACCUGACUAAAUUCACUCGGCUAUUUAAUCACUGACUAUUUAGAAGUAUUCAUUACCUGGUGUUUGUUUGUUUCUUCUGUGUUUCCAAGUCAGGGUCCCACAAUCUAUGAAGACCAUCUGUUAAAUGAAACUACUACCAGAUCUGCUGCUGUGGCAGAACAGUAAACGUGUAUGGUUAUCUUCAUUCCUGCUGAGGAUUAGUGAUCCAAAGUGACUAUUAUCACUUUUCUAAUAGCAAGUGUGUAACAAAGAGUAGCUGGAAAUAACACUUAACAAAUCCAUUGUUUGUCUACUUUAGCAGGAGCUUUGUUCCAAUAUCAACUCAUACAAUGAGACUGUAUUUUUGUGGGGUUUUGUUUGUUUGUUUUUUUUUUUAAAAUAUAUAUGAUUAUAUGUGUUUAUGAGCUUUAUCAUGUAUGUCAGUCUCCAGGAGUUAACAUACUCUCCAGCACACGGCUUACAUUCUGGUCUGUGUAAUAAUAGUACAACAUUCAUAACACGAAUAAAACGGUGACAUAAUUUGUUAUGACAUCAUAUCCUGGAAAGAAAGCUUUGGGCCAGCCAAAUCCAUGAUCACUUGUUGUGUUUCCAAACCGGUCCUUUUUGUAGAGAGAACAGAUUGGUGAUAUCCUGUAACAGGUGUCGCUCAACAGAUACCGCGGCGAACCCUGCAGUUCCUGUGCAGUAAUGGAGCGACGGGUUCGAGGUCGCCCACAGUCGAGGAUGCGUGAAGCCAAAUGACGAGUGUGGUCAUCAACAGUUGAAGGAAUAUGUCCUUUUUUUUAUACAAUGCAGCAUUAAACCUCUGAUAGCCACCAGGGAAGAUGUCAAUAGGAGACAGAAGUCCACUAGAUCUAUCGAUUUAUGGGUCGGCCCUUUUAACAGUUGGUCUCGUUUGUAUUUGCAUGGCGGCAAUGAUAAAAGUGCGGGUGUUGGUGUAUGUGAAUGCAGAGGUGCUGUACUCUUGGCCUUCAGCGUGCCAGCUCGCAUGUAGUAUUGUAAUACCAUGCUUCCAGUUGUUGAUUUGAAUUUUACUCUGGCUGGAGCAGAAUCUGUUAGAGCUUAAUGCGACGCCGCUGUCCUAAAAAUAGCUGUUAUUUUAGAAGAGAGCGGAUUUGUAAAAAGGAAAUAAACUGUAUCCUAAGAAUUGUUGAUUUGAGAUGUAUUGAAAGCAGUCUGCUGAAUCCUCAUGUGUCACUUUGUCAAAUGGACACGAUUUACUCUGGCUGAACCGAGUCCUAGAGGAAGGCCCGUGGCCUCACCCCUGUGGCCUGUUCUGAAAAAUGGCAGUUCCCAUGUCCACUUGACCUCUGCACAGCAAUAUAUUUACCUUAAUGUGACCCUGCUCUGCACACCAGCCCCGUUCCUACACCCUGACCCCAGCACCACAUUGACCCCGCCCUGAAAUAUAACAAGUGGCUAGAAAUCCUCCAAUUUGUAGAGCCUCAAACAUUGAUUUGUCUUGUGAAAACCGUGUGGCAGGUGUUGAUGCCACUCUUAAAAGUAGUGUGCGUAUGUAGAUGGUCGCUGACGGAACCUGAGAUUUAUAAAUGAUACUUUAUUUCUCUACAAUCAAUAUUUUCCAGGUACUGGUGUACUGUGCAGUAUGAAUGAUUGUGCAUAACGAUAUUUCAGAUGAUCACGGGUGAGAGUGACGUGUCACAUGGAUCGGUGUAAUAUUCUGCCUUCAUCCCUCACUCAGACCCAACUCCCCUCCAAGGGAAUAACAUUAAAAAAGUACAUGUUUUCAAAA